AUGGACUAUGAUCAUGAGCUGGAUCCUUUCUCGAGUGAAAGCCUCUGGAGACUCUCCAAAUUCAGCAUAGAAGCUCUGCAGCCAUUGGGAUCGUUACCAUGGAACACUACUCUAAGUGGUGAUACUACAUCUUGUUUUGAGAUAUACCCACAGCCUGAAGACAAGAUCGACCCUGUAUGGAAGCUGGAUCUCUUUCCAACCGGCUUGGAGAAACCAGAAUCAGUUACCGACUCGAGCAUCAAUCCCUCCAUAGACAGCGAGUCUGACACAACAUGUGAUUCUUUAAGAGACAUAUCAGGCGACAACAACGAUAUCUGGUCUUUGGAUUUACUUCAGGAAGAACCUGGUCAAAUACCCCCGCAGAAAUCGUGGGAGAGGUAUCAACAUAAGUCUUUCCAAGAGCCUGUGUCAGCCUAUUUUAGCGAAUCUGGAGCACAGGGCUUCGAUGCAGCCUUGGUACAACGAAACAUGGUAAAGAAAGACGGUGCGCCUACUCGAAUUGUUCGAACAGAUGUGUUCAUUCGAUCACUACUUCGUCUUGGGCUUGGCUGGAGCUCUGCAUUCUUUCGCUACGAUCAACGAACCAACCAAUUUGAAAGAUGUUUGAAGGAUAAUAUCCGAGUCUCUGGUAUUAGCCUGAUGGCCUUGGAAAAUGUGAUCGAAAAUGUGGUACAAUGCGGUACCAACAUGCAGCGCCUGCGGUUAUUUGCCCAAGACCCGCCAGCCAACUACAGAGAACUUUCUACGUUUUUCACAUUAACUAGCACGGUUGAGAUAAUAAUCUUUAACCUGGAACAACAGAUCUCCGAUCAUUCAAAAAAUAUUGCUUCACUUCUACAAAUAAAGGCACUAUUUCACCGCUGCGGGGACGUGGUAGGCGUCCUGGCAGCUAUUGUUGGCGCUGCACAAAGGGCUGUCUCGGACGCACAAGUCAUAUCAAUUGUCGUGGAACGUGCAGCUUUUUUUGCCCAGAAGUUUGGCUGGAUCGAGAACCUUGUGCAUGAGAUUGUGAUUCGAGUGACUCAGCCAUGGUUCGGAUUCAUCGAGACUUGGAUUGGGCUUAGAUCCGAAGACGCAGCUCUCAAAGAAUAUAUGACAAACGACAAAAGCUUCGUCCGACUGGAAACUUAUGACCGUGGCAAGUUCAAGACUGGGCCAGCGCGAAUUGACUAUAUCUACCAAGCGGAGCACAUGCCGUCUUUCAUCCCGGCCGACCAAGCCCGUUCUAUCUUUGAGUGUGGGCGAAGUCUUCAACUAUUGAAACGAUCCCAUCCUCGUCAUCCUAUCGCACGGCGCGAUGUUCUCUCACGAAUCGGUGGUCUCCAUCUGCAUUGUGCGACCACCUGGGCUGGCAUUGAGCAAAUUCAAACAAAAGCCCAGGAAUACGAGUCAAGACUCCGCGCUGAGAUCAAGAAAUAUCAUCAGGGGGAUGCAGGCUUGCAGGAUUCAUCAUCAAAUGUGGUCACCCAGACCGUCGAUCAAACUGCCAACACAGAGGUUACAACGACAGCCUUUCAACUCUUCGAUAUCGACGAUGAAAAAAAUGAUUCAGGACCAGUGACGGAUUACAAGGCUCUUUCGAAAGAUGGCCUCAAGCGACUGCUCGAUAAAGCCCGGGGAUUUGAAGCCGAAGAUACCAAUGAAAGAAGCUAUCUUGGUCCUGAGUUGACAUAUGGCCUCCAUUUAUCCCUUGCUCCCAUUCUUUCGUCACAGGCACUUCUCAUCGACUACUCUUGCCUGCACCUUCUCUUCAAAGAGCAUCGAAUUCGCCAUCAUCUGAACAUGCAAUGGCGUUUCCAGUUGCUGGGAGAGGGCUCGUUUGUCGCUCGUCUUUCUAAUUCACUGUUCGACCCGGAAAUGGAAAGUGGAGAGCGAAGGGCUGGAAAAGUGCGCAGUGGUGUCGACACCGGUCUACGCCUCGGCAGUCGUGACACAUGGCCGCCAGCUAGUUCAGAGUUGCGACUCGUCUUAAUUGGUCUGCUCGGAGAUUGUUACUUUGGUGGCACAAAUACAGAAGAUGACGAAAAAACGCACGCCCAGAAGGACAAGGAAUUGCCUGGUGGCCUGAGCUUCGGAAUUCGAGAAUUGACAGACGAAGAAAUUGAAGGAUGUAAAAAUCCGAAUGCAAUAGAGGCUUUGGACUUCCUUCGUCUGCAGUACACACCACCAGAAGUUCUUGAAUCUCUCAUUACUGCUCGCUCUUUGAAUAAGUAUGAUUGUCUGUUCAAGCAUUUGCUCCGGUUAAUCCGCAUGGCUUCUGCCGUUAAACGACUUAUCCGGGAUUCUACUGCCCGAGGAUCUCUAUCAGGAGACACACACAAUGUGUACCAGAAGUUCAGAAUGGAUGCCCAGCACUUUGUGCUAGCGGUAAGUGAUUACUGCUUCCAUAUUGGAAUUGGGUCCAUCUGGCAGCGCUUUCAAGACACACUUACCAAAAUCGAGCACUGCCUCAACCGCGGUGACAUCGACGGUACGAUUGAAGCGGCUCACUCGGUACCACGACUUCGCGACUAUCACGAAGAUAUCCUUGACCAGAUGUUGUUCGCAUUAUUCCUCAGUAAGCGCCAUGCGCAGGCUGCCAAACUGCUCGAGUCAAUUUUCGGCACUAUUCUCAGUUUCGGCCUUCUCUCAAGGGCAGAUGGAAUUGGGAUGCGCAACGAAAGCGAAGGGGCUGUUCUCCACCUGUAUCAGUCUUUCAGAAAACAGACCUCCGCCUUUGUCAAUUACCUUCGCAGCAUGGAGUCCGGAAAAGCCACUUCGAAAUCAAUGGCUAAAUCAGGGGAAUUCUUCUCUUCGCGGACAGACCCAACCAGCGUUUUUGAGCAUCUACGAGUGAGAUUAGACGUCAAGAACUAUUAUUGA